AAUGUAAAUUCUGGUUUCAUCUGUCAACGUGACUUUACUGUCAGUGUCAAAUAUCAAGCGAAUUUUAGGUUAUGGUGGGCUGAUUGUUAAAAAGCGAAACUGAAAUAAUUUAAUAAUCAUCAGAUAAAAAUUGUGGUGUUCAAAAACGGUGAAAAAUGUCGUUUCCCGAUAGACAGCAGCGGAAAACUUGCUGGGACUCCAGAGAUCGUUACUGGGAAUGCCUAGAUAAGGAAAAUGUUAAAGACAAUUCAGAGAAACCUAAAGCAUGUUUGGAACUAAGGAAAGUGUUCGAAAAGUCCUGCCCUACGCAGUGGGUCUCGCACUUUGAUAGAAAGAGAGACUUUAACGUUUAUAAAGAGAAAAUACAGAAAGAGGGAUAUGAACCCAUUAAAGAUUCAUAGUGUUGUUAUCCUUUGAAUGUUAUUGUAAAUAUAGAUUAUGUAGUAAAUUAUGUUUAUUGAA